GCUCUAUCUCUUCCUUACCCAGCACCCCAUCUUCAUCUUCUUUCUUUCUUCUGUUCUCCAAAAUAACAACACACAAGAAACGAGAUGGAGACGCGUGCAGCUGCAAAGAGAAAGGCAACCGCUGCUGCUCCCAUGGUAGUGGUCGAAAAACAACAUCCCAAAAGGCAGCGUGUUGUGCUGGGUGAACUUUCAAAUCUUCCGACUGCAACUCAAAAUCAACGCAAACAGAAACUGCAAUGUAGGAAGAAUCCGAAUUUGAAGAAACCAUCUCCCACAGAGUCCAUUCCCUCUUCUUCCCAGAUUGAUCAACCUUAUGUUUCCGACAUCUAUGAGUAUCUUCAUGAUAUGGAGAUGCAGAGGAAGAGGAGACCAAUGGUUGAUUACAUUGAAAAAGUUCAGAGAGAAGUUACUGUAAUCAUGAGGGCAAUAUUGGUGGAUUGGCUAGUGGAGGUAGCUGAAGAGUACAAGCUUCACUCCGAUACCCUUCAUCUCUCUGUUUCAUACAUAGAUAGAUUUUUAUCAGUGAAUCCUGUUAGCAAGUCAAAACUUCAAUUACUGGGUGUUUCUUCCAUGCUAAUUGCUGCAAAGUACGAGGAAGUUGACCCACCGCGUGUUGUUGCUUUUUGCAACAUUACUGAUAACACAUACCACAAGAAAGAGGUUGUAAAGAUGGAAGCUGACAUACUCAAGUCUCUAAAGUUUGAGAUGGGAAAUCCUACUGUGAAUACCUUUCUAAGGAGGUUUAUUAAUGUUGCUUGUGAUAACCAAAAGGCUUCAAAUUUACAGUUUGAAUUUCUAAGCUGCUAUCUUGCAGACCUAAGUUUGUUGGACUAUGAUUGCUUGAAAAUUUUGCCUUCCAUUGUGGCAGCUUCAGCUGUAUUUCUUGCCAGGUUUAUCAUUGCUCCUGAAGUCCAUCCUUGGAGUUCUUCAUUGUCUGGAUGUUCUGGUUACCAACCAGUUGAACUGAAAGAGUGUGUCCUCAUCUUGCAUGACUUGUAUUUUUCAAGAAAGGCAGCGUCUUUCAAAGCUGUUAGGGAGAAAUACAAGCACCACAAGUUCAAGUUUGUAGCAAGAUUGCCUUCUCCUCCGCAUAUACCAAGACAUUACUUUGAAACUCAGUGAUGCCGUGGGAGUUCCUUCAUAAAAAAGAAAAAGAAAAAAAACUCAAUCAGAAAAGAUAUCAUUUUUGUAUAGUGAUUUAAUUUGAUGGAAGUUGGUAUCUGUUAAAUGUUACUUGAUAUGGCAUGUGUCCAAAGGUUGGUUUGUUUGGCCAUUAUUUUGAUGUCCUUUCUUAGAAAAUACAUUAGUAAGAUUUGUAUAUAUGAUCUGGAAGAGCAAUAGGAUAAGUUUAGGUACCACUGUUCAGUCACCUUUGCCUGAAUCAUCAAGGAAAAAUGUGAUGGGUCGAUUAACAAGAUGCAAAACUUUUAUGUGCAUUGUUAUCACUGAGCCUUUAAGAAUCAAAUGUGCAAAUUCAUGAUCUGGAUACUACUGGACACAGUUGCGUGUAUUAUUGUUGUAAUUCUGGUUCAAUAAGGAGUAAAAUUCACAAGUUCAUCCAAGAGAACUCUCAGGUGAAGUAUCCGGUAAUGGACAUAUGAGUUUGUCUUAAUGAAAAAUUCCUCUGAAUUUUGAAAGAUUUGAACAAAGUCGUAUGUGAAAGAGGAAUUUGAGAUCUUGCCUCACAUCACUGAUUCACAUGAUGAUGGUUGCAAUAUCGAGGAAGACGGCAAUUCAAUCAAGAAAGCAGCAGUUCUAAGCAGAAUACGAAGAGGAUGGUAGAAGUUUUGUACAUUGGAGAUUAAUAUGUAAUCACUGAAAUUAAGGAAGACCAAAGGGGAAGGUGUUGAAAUUUCUAGAGAUGUGAAGGAAAUACAUAUGUAUAAUUUUUAAAUGGUUUUAUUUUUAAAUAUUUUGUUAAAAAGAAUGGCUUUUAAUUUUUGUUAGUUGAUAGUAUUUAAAAAGUUA